UCGAUAUUUGGAUCGAUAACAUCAUGAAAUUGUUCGCCCUCAUCCUAGCUUGCGCGUGCGCCGCGACAGCAGCGCCUCAAUAUAACCCGUACCGCGUAUCCCCGCAGUACUACCCGGACAACCGCGUGCGCGCAUCUGUUGACAGGAACGCUAAUAUACUGAGGUCUACGUCUGAAGUCAACGAACGAGGGUUCCAUUAUGCUUUCGACACUGAUAAUGGCAUCCAAGCCGAGGAAUCUGGGGUUGAGAACAACGGCAUCCAAGCUCAGGGCCAGUACUCGUACACCGGGGACGACGGCCAGGUCUACUCCGUCAGGUACACUGCGGACGCCAAUGGAUUCCAGGCCCAAGGCGCGCACCUGCCGACGCCGCCGCCGCUACCCGAAGCCAUCGCACGCGCACUGCAGCAGAACGCCGCUGAUGAAGCCAGGGGGAUCUUUGACGACGGUAGUUACAACGAAGGCAAGUACUCCCCAGUGGUUGCAGCUAGAUCUCAGUACAACCAGUAUCAACCUUCGAAUCAGUACCAGCCUUCGAGACAGUACGUGGCUCCUCAAUUCCGGUCCUACUACUAAAUAACGACCAGAUAUAUUAUAUCUAUACCUGUGCCAUUCGUCUAUGAUAGUUUAAGUUUAAUCAAGCAAUUUUGAAUAAAGUACCUUCAGUGUUUCGGAA